GCAGCGCGAAUUUCAUUCAAAAUGAGUGGGAAAAGUCAAUCUAGUGUUCAAAAAGGCACACACGAUACUCUAGCGCGUAGAAGUACCAAUAAGAUAAGAAUGUUCCAGGGAAAUCGAUACACGCUGGAGCAGUCGACCGAGUACACCAGUACGACAUGAUGAAAUUUAAACAUGACUAUCUCCCUCUGGACCUACAGAUUCAAGAAGUUCUAGAGCCAAUUUAUAGUGAUUUAAGUAGGCCUGAAUUAUUAAACAGGUGCAAGGGUAGUAAUACACAAAAUAAUAACGAAAGUUAUAAUGGUUUGUUGUGGCACUUUGCUCCUAAACACCUUCACAGUGGUUUAAAAACAAUAGAACUGGCCAAUUUCUUUGCUGUUGCAAUUUUUAAUGAAGGUUUCCAAGCUAUUUUGAAAGCAUUUGAAACAAUGGGAGUGAUUAUUGGGCCCUCUGCCAAAGAUUAUGCAGAAAAACGAGACAUGAGACGAAUGAUGGUUGCAGAAAAACAGCACCGCGAGGCUUCAAAGGGGGCUCGGACAGCUCGCAGGACAGCUGCAGCGGCCCAGCAACAAUUUUUCGAACAAGAGGAGGGCGAAUUAUAUGGGCCUGGAAUAGCUGAAUAGCUGCACUCUGACGUCACUUAUCGCUGCAGCAGUUGGGCUACUUUUUUUUUUUACCUCCGGGAAAUUACUAAUAUUUCCAAUACAUGUUAAUAUUUUUUCGUAAUAAAAUUUUUAUAACUUCUUCAAAUGUUACUUAAUAUAGCCUCAAACUUUUAAAAUAUAUGGUAGAAUAGUUUUUUUUUUAAAUCCUCGAAAAUCGCCCUCAUUUUCAUGUGGUCA